CGUCAGCAGAUAUCAACACAGGGAAGAGGGGAUGAGUGUAUAUGGAUCUGCUCUGAGUUCCUUUCCUUUUCAGCUUGCACGUGUUAGCAGAACUGCAAGGAUGAAGACUAUAAACACUUAUCAGACUGUGAAAAUCCCAGCGGGUUUGACAGUUUCUGUCAAAUCCAGAAUGGUCACAGUUAAAGGACCACGAGGUGUUUUGAAGAGAUGUUUUAAGCAUCUAGCUCUUGACAUCCGCAUGGUGAACCCAAGACUUCUUCGAGUAGAGAAGUGGUUUGGAACCAAAAAGGAGCUGGCUGCUGUAAGAACAGUCUGCUCACACAUAGAAAAUAUGCUCAAAGGAGUUACUAAAGGAUACCAAUACAAAAUGAGAUCUGUAUAUGCCCAUUUCCCCAUCAACUGCGUUUGCACUAACGAAGGCUCCACCAUUGAAAUCAGAAAUUUCUUGGGUGAGAAAUUCAUUCGCAGAGUCGAAAUGGCUCCAGGAGUCACAGUAACAAAUUCAAAAGCUCAAAAAGAUGAACUGAUCUUGGAAGGAAACUCUCUGGAAGAUGUUUCUAGAUCAGCCGCUCUUAUUCAACAAUCAACAUCUGUGAAAAACAAGGAUAUCAGAAAGUUCUUGGAUGGACUUUAUGUAUCAGAAAAAACCACUGUUGUGCAAGAUGAAGAAUAAAUUGCUUCGUUUCGUUAAUAAAAAUUUAUUCAUAAAAAAA